CGUCGGGGAGCAGAAGCCCUCCCUGAACAAAGCCCGGUGGGAGGCGGCCUGGCGCGUCCCCACCCCGCCCCCCGGCGCCCGCGAGCCGCGACCGCAGGCGGCGAGGCGGAGCGAGCAUGGCCGGGCCCCGGGCCGCGCCGCUGGCCCUCGUUCUGCAGCUCACGAGCCUGGCCCUGGCCUCGGCGGCGGCGGCGGCGGCGGCGGCGGCGGCGGGCGGAGGUGGGGUCAUCCUCAGGGAGCCCCCUGAGCUUGCUGACAUCCAGGACUACCAGCAGCAGGAGCCAGCCCACUCCUCAGCCCCUGCUGGGGGCCCCCAGGAGCAGUGGCGCCCCCUGGAGGAACGGCUGGGAAGGCUGGAGGCCCAGAUGAUGGCCCUAGGAGAGCAGAACAAGGAGCUGCAGGCGAGGGUGAGGCAGCUGGAGUCCUGUGAAUGCCGCCGCCCAGCUUCUCCCCAGUGCCGGGGACUGGGGCGGGCCUGGCCUGAGGGUGCUGGCUGGGAGCCUGACACCUGCACAGUCUGUGUGUGCCGGGAUGGGGCUGUGCACUGUGAGCCCAAGCCCGGCCUGCCCCAUUGCCAUGGCUGCAGCCACCAUGGUCAGGCCUAUGGCAACGGGGAGACCUUCUCCCCAGAUGCCUGCACCACCUGCCACUGCCUGGAAGGAGCCAUAACCUGUACCCAGAAACCAUGCCCAGAAGGACCCUGCCCAGAGCCAGGAGCAUGCUGUCCGCACUGUGAGCCAGGCUGCCCUGGAGGUCACAGAGCUGGGGAAAGGUGGCAACCAGAACCCUGUGUCAUCUGCACCUGCCAGGCAGGGACCGUGCGGUGCCAGAGGCCCUCAUGCCCAGAGCUCAACUGCCUGGAGAGCUACACCCCACCUGGGGAGUGCUGCCCUGUCUGCCGGCCAGGCUGUGAGUAUGAGGGGCAGCCUUAUGAAGAGGGUGCCAACUUCCUGUCCAGCUCCAACCCUUGUCUCCAAUGCUCCUGCCUGAGGAGUCUGGUUCACUGUGUGCCUGUCAAGUGUCCGCCCAGCCCCUGCCCUGAGCUGGUCCUGAGGCCUGGGCGCUGCUGCCCGACCUGCCGAGGCUGUGUGGAAGGUGGCUCUCGCUGGGAGCAUGGCCAGGAGUGGACUGCCCCUGGGGACCCCUGCCAGAUCUGCCAGUGCCUGGAGGGCCACAUUCAGUGCCGCCAGCGACAGUGUGCCAGCCUGUGCCCAUACCCUGCACGGCCCCUGCCUGGCACCUGCUGCCCGCUGUGUGAUGGCUGUUUCCUAAAUGGGCGGGAGUACCACAGCGGAGAGCCGGUGGGCUCUGGGGACCCCUGCUCGCACUGCCGCUGUGCUAAUGGGAGUGUCCAGUGUGAGCCUCUGCCCUGCCCGCCUGUGCCCUGCAGAUACCCAGGCAGGACCCCUGGGCAGUGCUGCCCAGUCUGUGACGGCUGUGAGUACCAGGGACACCAGUAUCAGAGUGAGGAGACCUUUAGACUCCAAGAGAGUGGGCGCUGCAUCCGCUGCUCCUGCCAGGCUGGCGAGGUCUCCUGUGAGGAGCAGAAGUGCCUGGUUGCCCCCUGCACACUGCCCACCUCUGGCCCCCAGCUCUGUCCAGCCUGCGUUCUCGAUGGAGAGGAGUUUGCUGAGGGGGUCCAGUGGGAGCCUGCUGGCCAGCCCUGCACGGCCUGCUCCUGUCAUGACGGCGUGCCCAUGUGUGGGGCUGUGCUCUGCUCCCCAGCUCCCUGCCAGCACCCUACCCAGCCCCCUGGUGCCUGCUGUCCCAGUUGUGAGAGCUGCACCUACCGUGGCCAAGUGUAUGCCAAUGGGCAGAACUUCACAGAUGCAGAUAGCCCUUGCCAUGCCUGCCGCUGCAAGGAUGGGACUGUGAGGUGCUCCUUGGUUGACUGCCCUCCCACAACUUGUGCCAGGCCCCAGAGUGGACCUGGCCAGUGCUGUCCCAGGUGCCCAGACUGCAUCCUGGAGGAACAAGUAUUUGUGGAUGGCGAGAGCUUCUCCCACCCCGGGGACCCCUGCCAGGAGUGUCAAUGUCGGGAAGGCCAUGCCCGUUGCCAGCCUCGGGCCUGCCCCAGGGCCCCCUGUGCCCACCCUCUGCCUGGGCCCUGCUGCCAGAACAACUGCAAUGGCUGUGCCUUCGGAGGGAAAGAGUACCCCAACGGAGCCGACUUCCCUCACCCCUCUGACCCCUGCCGUCAGUGUCACUGUCUGAGCGGAAGCGUGCGGUGCCUCGCCCGCCGCUGCCCGCCGCUGCCCUGUCCAGAGCCGGUCCUGCCGCCCGAAGAGUGCUGCCCGCAGUGCCCCGUGCCCUCCUCCGGCUGCCCGCGGCCGGGGGGCGGGGGUCCGGCCCGGCUCCUGGAGCAUUUCUCCCUGCCCGACGACCCCUGCCGCCGCUGCCUCUGCCUCGACGGCUCCGCGUCCUGCCAGCGGCUGCCCUGCCCGCCUGCGCCCUGCGCCCACCCGCGCCGGGGACCCUGCUGCCCCUCCUGCGACGGCUGCCUGUACCAGGGGAAGGAGUUUGCCAGCGGGGAGCGCUUCCCUUCGCCCACUGCCGCCUGCCACGUCUGCCUCUGCUGGGAGGGCAGCGUCAGCUGUGAACCCAGGGCCUGUGCCCCUGCUCAGUGUCCCUUCCCUGCCAGGGAUGACUGCUGUCCUGCCUGUGAUGGUUGUGAGUAUCUAGGGGAGUCCUACCUGAGCAGCCAGGAGUUCCCGGAUCCCCGAGAGCCCUGCAAUCUGUGCACCUGCCUCGGAGGCUAUGUGACCUGUGGCCGCCGGCCCUGUGAGCCUCCGGGCUGCAGCCACCCGCUCACCUCAGCUGGACACUGCUGCCCGACCUGCCAGGGGUGCCUCUAUCAUGGGGUCACUGCAGCCUCUGGAGAGACCCUUCCUGACCCACUUGACCCCAGCUGCUCCCUUUGCACCUGCCAGGAAGGUUCCAUGCGCUGCCAGAAGAAGCCAUGUCCUCCGGCUCUCUGCCCCCACCCCUCUCCAGGACCCUGCUUCUGCCCUGUUUGCCACAACUGCCUCUCCCAGGGCCAGGAGCACCGGGACGGGGAAGAGUUUGAGGGGCCCCCAGGCAGCUGUGAGCAGUGUCGUUGUCAGGCUGGCCAGGUCAGCUGUGUGCGGCUGCUGUGCCCUCAUCUGUCCUGCCCGCUCCAGGUCACGGAGCAAGGGAGCUGCUGCCCUCGCUGCAGAGGCUGCCUGGCUCAUGGGGAGGAGCACCCUGAAGGCAGUAGCUGGGUGCACCCCAAGAGCCCCUGCUCCUCCUGCAUGUGUCAUGAGGGCGUUGUCACCUGUGCCCGCGUCCAGUGUAUCAGCUCCUGUGCCCAGCCCCACCAAGUGCUCAGUGACUGCUGCCCACGAUGCUCUGACUGUGAGCAUGAGGGCCACAAGUAUGAACCAGGGGAGAGCUUCCAGCCUGGGGCAGACCCGUGUGAAGUAUGCCUCUGUGAGCUGCAGCCUGAGGGACCCCCCAGCAUUCAGUGUCACCGGCGGCAGUGUCCCAGCCUGGUGGGCUGUCCCACCAGCCAGCUCCUGCCCCCUGGGCCCCAGCACUGCUGCCCCACGUGUGCCCAAGCGCUGAGUAACUGCACAGAAGGCCUGCUGGGGUCUGAGCUGGCCCCGCCGGACCCUUGCUACACCUGCCGGUGCCAGGAUCUAACAUGGCUCUGCAUUCGCCAGGACUGUCCUGAGCUCAGCUGUCCCCCAUCAGAGCGCCAUACCCUCCCUGGGAGCUGCUGCCCUGAGUGCCGAGAAUGUGUGGUGGAGGCCGAGGGCCGGAGAGUGGCAGAUGGAGAGAGCUGGCAGGACCCUAGCAAUGCUUGUGUUACUUGCACCUGCCAGCGGGGUCACGUGGAGUGCGACCUGGAGGAGUGCCCCGCCCUCUCCUGCCCCCACGGCUGGGCGAAGGUGCGAGAGGCUGGCCGCUGCUGUGACCGAUGCCAAGCCCCCGCCCGGUCGUGCGAGCACCAGGGCCGGGCGGUGGCCCCGGGGGAGCGCUGGGCCGUGGACGUUUGCACCUCCUGCUCCUGCGUGGCCGGCGCCGUGCGCUGCCAGAGCCAGCGCUGCCCGCCGCUCUCCUGUGGCCCCGACGAGGCCCCGGCCCUGAGUCCCGGCAGCUGCUGCCCCCGCUGCCUGCCGCGCCCCGCCUCCUGCAUGGCCUUCGGAGACCCUCACUACCGCACCUUCGACGGCCGCCUGCUGCACUUCCAGGGCAGCUGCAGCUACGUGCUGGCCAAGGACUGCGGCCGAGGGGACUUCAGCGUGCACGUGACCAACGAUAACCGGGGCCGGAGGGGUGUGGCCUGGACCCAGGAGGUGGCGGUGCUGCUCGGAGGCGUGGCAGUGCGGCUGCUGCAGGGCAAAGCGGUCACGGUGGACGGGCGCCCGGUGACCUUGCCCUUCCUACUGGAGCCGCUGCUGUACGUGGAGCUGCGGAGACGCACCUUGAUCCUGCAUGCCCAGCCCGGGCUCCAGGUGCUGUGGGACGGGCAGUCUCAAGUGGAGGUGAGCGUGCCUGGCUCCUACCAUGGCCAGAUGUGUGGGCUCUGUGGGAACUUCAAUGGCUUUGCUCAGGAUGAUCUGCAGGGCCGUGAGGGGCUGCUCCUGCCCACAGAGGCUGCGUUUGGGAAUAGCUGGCAGGUCCCAGAAGGGCCUGGACCUAGUCGGCCAUGUUCCAAGGGCCGUGAGGUGGACCCAUGCAAGGCAGCAGGUUACCGUGCCCGGCGUGAGGCCAAUGCCCGCUGUGGGGUGCUCAAGUCCUCCCCGUUCAGUCGCUGCCAUGCUGUGGUGCCGCCAGAGCCCUUCUUUGCCGCCUGCGUGUACGACCUAUGUGCUUGUGGCCCUGGCUCUCUGGCUGACACCUGCCUCUGUGACGCCCUGGAAGCCUAUGCCAGCCACUGUCGCCAGGCAGGGGUGAUGCCUGCCUGGCGAGGCCCCACGCUUUGCGUGGUGGGCUGUCCCCUGGACCGAGGCUUCGUGUUCGAUGAAUGUGGCCCACCCUGUCCCCGCACCUGCUUCAACCAGCACAUCCCCCUGGGGGAGCUGGCAGCCCACUGUGUGAGGCCCUGCGUUCCCGGCUGCCAGUGCCCCGCAGGCCUGGUGGAGCACGAGGCCCACUGUAUCUCACCUGAGGCCUGCCCCCCAGUCCAACUCACUGGGGACCGACCACCCACACCUCUGCCCAGCCCCAGCCAGUAGCCCCAGGGGGCACCCUGAGCCAGGAUGACCCCAGGACUCAUCAGGUCAAAAGCCUCCCCUUGGAGAACAGCUCUCGCCGUGGCCAGAACCAUGGAGAGAGUGCCCCACCCAGACCCCGGGAGCCUGGGCCUGUGUCCCACAGAGACCUCACUAUGUUCAGUCAGAAGCAGUAAAAUUGGGGUCUCUCCUAAGGCA